AAUUUGAUUCUUUUUCUUUAUAAAAGAAAAAAAAGGAAAAAAACGAGGCUUGGCGAAGGCUUGGUUAUAUACUCUUGCUUUUCCUCUUUAGAAGAACUCCGGUCAAAGAGGCAUAAACUCAUACAUACAGAGAGAGUGAAAAAAAAAAAAAAAAAAAAAAAGAGAGAAAGAGAGAGAAAAUAUUGCAUAAAUAAUAUCAAAGCAAGCAUAAAAGAAAUAUUUAACGCUAAACAAAAAGCAAAAAGGAUUAUCGAUUUUAACAACACAAUUUCUUUUUAAUAAUGGCCAGAGUCCAUCUCUUUACUCCCUCCUCUGCCAAUGACAGACGUCGACAUAUGCCAGAAUAUCAUCAUAUUACUGAAGAGGCACCUAUACCUACAACAACGUCUGAUAACAGAACGAUAUCUGCGCAACAACAAGAGGAAGGACACACGUUAGAUGUAGAUGCCAUCAGUUCACCUUCUAUAUCAAAAAUAAAUUCAACUUUGACAACUUUAACUGCACCUUCUUCUCCUGAACAAAAAGAUAAAAGAGAAAGUCUAACAAGUCAAAUAACUUCAAGUAGCGCUGCACUAACAGCUGCUUUACUACAGAAUGCACAUGGAAAUAAUGAUAUGAUGGGAGCUGUUGCAGCGGCUUUAUCUGUCAAGCCAGAAUCAUUUCAAAUUAUUGAAAACAAUGGAACACAGUCAGGCCAAACUCAUAUAGGACAAUCGAAUAGCUCAUCUCAGAUCAAUAACCAUAAACCUGAAGAUGCUAUUGAACAAGCAACAGUUGCAGCAACAGCAUUACAACUUUUAGGACUAUCACAUAAUGAAAGUAAAGAUAAAGACAAAGAGAUAUCAAUACACCAAGAAGAACAGCAGCAAACAAAUGCUACUAGCAACAAUGAAAAUAACAAUGCCAUCCUAUAUCCGGCAUUAACACCUAAUUUAGAAGAUACUGAUUUAAACAAUGAAGAUUAUAAAAAAGGUGCUUGGACUCCACAAGAAGAUGAAUUGCUACUUGCAGGUAUUAAAAAGUUUGGAUAUGGUCGAUGGAAAGAGAUUGCUAUUUCUAUCCCUGGUCGAAAGGGUAAACAACUGAAACAAAGAUGGGAUAAUACAUUAGCAGCGAAAUAUGUGGAUCAAGAAUGGUUAAAGAAUAAAAUUCGCAAUGAUGAACAAAGAGAUUAGAUCUUCAUCAAAAAGCAUUAACAAAUGUAGCCGAGGAUAAAGGUUUGAAGUUUUUAGAAGCAACAGACUGGAAUGAUAUUGCGUUAAAAAUUAGUGAAAAGGCUAGAGGUGAUCAACAUGCUAUUGAAACAUUAUUAUCUCAAGCACUUUUAGGAACAGUAGCAACUCAUACAGCAGCAGCGGCGGCGGCGGCAGCGGCGGCGGCGGCAGCAGCAGCAGCUAUUAAUACUAAUAAUGGCAACUCUAAUAGCAGCAGCAGCAGCAGCAGCAGUAACAAUAACAACAACAACAACAACAACAACAACAGUAAUAAUAAUAAUAAUAAUAAUAAUAGUGGUAGUGGUAGUAAUCCAAUAACAACUGUAAAUACACCUACUG